CGCGAAGAAACCAGUUGUUGCUGCUCUGGUCGUGGGAACGCCCUGUCCCGCCAUCGACCCGCGGUCGUGGCCGUGGCGCUUGGCCAUGGCCCGCACAUGCGAGCGUUGUCCUACGGGGAGUCGUCCCGUUCUCUACAGUGGUGGCGCGAUAAUCCGGAUCCGGUUAACCGUACGUACUAAUAGUAGUACUAAAAUGCCGUGUGCGAGGUGGUCGGUGUUGGUGCAUCUCGGCGCGGAUGGACUUGCGGAUCACCAACUACGGCACGGAUGCGCGUGAGUACGCGCUCGUGUCCAAGGUAUCGCAACCCCACGAUUACUCGGCGCUGCUAGCAAUGAUAUCACUUGUCAUCAACACAGCCUUCUGUAUGGUUGUGUGCAUCAUGGCAAUGCCCGUGCUUCGAGGCCGGAUGGACCCGAAAUACCACGAGUGGUUACCGAUAUUAGACGCGGACGACAGGCACUUCGUCACAUGGUCCAUCCUUCCAGUGCUCGUGGUGAUUUUCAUAGUCAAGACGUCGUUUGCAACCAAAGUGGUCGAAGAGUCCCUCUUGGUAAUCCCUCAAAUUGGCGUUCAAUUGCGCAAGAAGCAGCGCAAUGGCCACGAAACGUUCAUGGUAUAUGCCGCCUCCGAAGCGAGUCUUUUCAACCAGCGUGUGCUAGUUCAUUGAGGCAACACGCAUCAAGGCUGUUGUGAUCAACGAAGCAAUUUCGUUCUCGGACGUAAUUUACUACUUGGCGUUCCUCGUUGAGGAUGAGCAUAAAAUGGUACUUGCGUUUGAGGUAUGUCGUCGCGAUUGCGCCAAGCAUUGACGGGCGGUAGACGUUCUGUCCUAAAAUUGUGGCGCUGCUGAAGAUAUAUCGAGGGACGAAGCAGCUUCUCUUUCCAGAUGACACGAAGAUGAGCAUGCUCUGAUCAUUGCUGUUUAUGUACAAUAGAGAAAUACCUUUCAUCAAUUCUCCCGUGUCCAUUGCACAACUAACUGUUGAUAGAGUCUUGCGCUGAGCUUGCGAGUUCCAUACAUUCCUUGCUUCCCUGCUGAAUUCGCACCCAUGGUAUGC